AUGACAUCUGUGGAACCUCCUUUGCCGCCGUCUGGCUCGUAUCUGAAGUCGAUUACGGAGUCGUCUCAUGCUGCGAGAGUUGCUGCGAAUGUAGAGGUGCCGAUCAAGCGGCUGCUCCUCUCCCCCGCAUUCACCACUACCUUCCACCGCGUCUCGGGACACCAUGGGCUCGCGUUUCCGCUGAACUUCCCCUCGCCCCUCGCGGAGCUCACCUUCCUCUCUACGCUCGCGCUCCUUAACUUCGGCUCGGGCUACCGCGCGGAGCUGCACCGCCAGACGGGGCGCGGCGCGUGGGACUCGAUCCGCGCGCUCGUCUUCUCCAUGUACCUCGACUCCGACGCAGACCUGCUCUCAGCGCGGGCAAUGCAGAGCGUCGGAGAGGGGAAGGUUGCGGAGCUGAUGGGCUUGAGCGUACAUACGGAGAGGAACCAUGAAAGUAUACCAGGGGUGACGGUCGGAGAGCUGGGCGGGCCGGCGUACGAGCUCGUGAAGCUUGUUACGGAAACGCUAAAUUCGACUGGCGAGGCACUUGUGAGUGGGGGCUAUCCGGAUCUGGGGGCGUUUGUGGUGGAGGCGCUGAAGACGGCGAGGGGUGAUAUGGAGGGCGUGCUGGAGAGGCUGGUGAAGGGGAUACCCGCGUUUCGCGAUAUGGCCGUAGUAGAUGGGACGCCUAUAUAUUGCUUCAAGAAGGCGCUAUUCUUGAUCCAUGGCGUUUACAUCCGCUUCCACAAGCUGUCUCCCCCGCCUUUCCCUAUACCGGACACGACUCAUAUGCCCAUCUGUGCUGACAACGUCAUCCCUUCCAUGCUAGUCUACCUCGGGAUCAUUGACCUAUCCAACGCCGCCACACACUCGUUGUCCUCUAUCUUCCCUCAUCCCUCCCGGCAAGCCAUGGACAAACUCCUAGAAGCACCUAGUCCUUCAUUUUCCACUGAAACCACUGCCGAUACAAAGAAGGAGCCUCCAAAGGAGGGCCCCGAGCUGACCGUCGAGCAGGCGUUCAUCCUACGCGCAGCUGCGAUUGAGGCGUGCGAGGUGAUUGUCGAGCUGGCGGGGACGAUGCAAGUCGAGGGGGACGGUGUGGCAUGGAUAAAGAGCAUCACGCUGCCGGACGUCGAUACGUGGUUGUGGGCGGUUGCGAAGGACCGGCCGGAUUAUAGGAGUUUGGAGAGGUUCGCAUUGAAGGGGACUAAUUUCUUCUAG